GUUGUUAUCAAGCCUCUUCAAAAAAAAAAUUGUGAUAUUUUCAUCCUUUAAAAUCCUUCACGUACAAAAGUACUCACUCCUGAUUUAGGUCCUAGACAAAAUGGGUUCAAACGUGUUCGGAACUCCUAUCACCAAUCACACACUGAGAGCAAUGCCGGAAUACAGUGACAAGAAGUCGAUCACCGCCAACGAUCGCUCAAUAUUGGCGUUGGAGAUGAAAAAUGCAGAAGGCAAAGACAUCAAUGCUAGAAAUUUCCUUGAGUCCCUGCAGGCUCGAUUUGGGGAGAAUGUUAGCACAAUGUGCAUGAUUUAUAAUGCUACCGGAGGUUCGUUAACUUUCGUCGACGCCCAUAAUUGGACGGGUCGGGUUUGCGAGUCACCGUAUCCAAUGGUGAUUUUAAAUGGGCAAUGGGGUGUAUUCUUGCACGGUAGAUAUGGACAUGAGGAGGCUGGCUCUGAAGCAGCCGUUGUGUAUCAUGGCAUCAACUAUGACUGGUUGUUAUCAUUUUCUAACCGUGCGGACAUCACCAACAAUAGGGUGGCAUUAAAAAUUUACCAAUCAGGGAAGUUUCAAAGCACAAAUUGGAAUACUAUUAAGGGUUCUUUGGAUGAAGGAAAAUUGAUGCACCAAGGCACAAGGGGCCAGAGUUUCAUGUACGCUUCUAUUGGCAAUAUUACAAAAUGCACGGUGGAGGCAAUAUUGACUACUACGGCAGCACAUCAAUGAACGGUGGUCGCUUACUUUGUUUCUUAAUCAAUUGGUUGAGGUUUCAAAUUUCAACCUUUAUGAAUGAAAAAAGAUCAAUGACUAGUCCUUUAUUCUUAACUUGAUUAGUGCCCAUGCGAUGCACGGGUGCAAAAUAAUUAUUUGAUGCAAAACCAUUCUACUAU